UCAUCAUUGGAACUAUUUGUUGUUUAUUUUAUUUUAUUCUGCUUUGAUUUGUUCGUAUAGGUAUUGAAGUGAUAUUAUGUGAUUAUUGCAUUAUAUGUACUAGGAAUUAUUUAUUAAUAUUUUCAUAUUGUUGACAUUCAUUAAUAUAGCAUUUUAUUCAUAUAUUAUUGUUCCAUGUUCCAUAUUACCUUUUAGUUUAUUUCGUCAAAUCACAUCGUGAAUUAUGUUCAAAUGUAUAUAGCCAUUUUAUAUUAUAUCCCGAAUAGGAGAAAUACACAUCGUUUAAAUAUUACACUUGUUUUUUUUCAAUUAAUUUUCAAAAUAGGUAAUGUUCCGUUUUUAGGAGAUUCGAGAAAUCGUACCCAAACUUGAGUUUCAAUUUUGUCGUUAAACUUAAAUAAUCGAAUAUUCUUUCAAAAUUAAAAUACAUAAGAUUUCAAAUAAAAAAUAAAGGCUUACUGUUAUUUGACGUUGGAUGAGGCUGAGAACUUAAGUGAAUUAGAAGAAGUCGAGGAAAUUGAUUUUCCUUCAAUGUCGGAGGUUGCUUGGAAAGCAAAACGAACCAGGUCUCGAACUUCCAAUGGUCUACUAAAACCAAAGAAACAAAAGACUAGUAUGGCAUUCUCUCGCAGCGGAGACAAAACACAGAGAAAUGAAGAUUUUGAGCCAGAGCCAGAGUCUGACAUUAAGGAUUUAGAGGAGGAAGACUUGUCAGAUUUUGAGCCAGAGCCAGAGUCUGACAUUAAGGAUUUAGAGGAGGAAGACUUGUCAGAGGAUGAUUUGCUCGAUGACUAUGGUUCCUCCUGUAGAUACGAGGGUUAUUAUGGGUUUGAUGCGUUUGGGAAAAGGAUUAAUGAUAAGAAAGGAGGGUAUAUAAAAUUAAAAAGGGUGGAGAAAUUUAUCCUUUUAGUUGGAUCAUUCGAAAAAAGGGUUUUCAAGGAACGACUUGAAUUGCACAAGCGUUGUCUUAGAAGACUAUGCCAGAAUUCAGAUAGGCAAGCUGAUGAAACGGAGAUCUUUAACUUGGAUCCUCCCAUGGACGUGACUAAGAAUUCCUUGGCUGAUAUAAAUGAUAUUUUGAGAAACACGAAAGAAUUAAAGGAAAAAUUGAAAGAGAACUUACGGAACAAAUCCGAUUUUCUCAAGAAUGGUGCUACUAGAGAUCAGGUAAGAUUAGGUGUUGCUGGAUGGAAAAAAAGAUACUACAGUCUGAAAUUCUCUGCAGAAACCGAUUGGGACAUUGAAAUAACGAGAAAGGAAAUAGUCCAAAAGUCUUCUAUGGGUGCUUUUGUACUAUUUCUCGGGUGUACCAUCGUAGGGCUGGUCAGCUAUCUCCAUUUUCCAUUCUAGUGGAAUUCGAUACAUACAUAUGUAAUCGGUGUCAUUCAUACAUAUAUAGAUGGUUCAUACAUACAUGCUCUGAGUACUCUGAGGGUCUACUAUGGGUGCUUUUAUACUAUCUCUGGUGUACCAUCCUAGUCCCUGUUUGCCAUCUGAAAUUUCCAUUCUAGUGGAAUUCAAUACAUACAUAGAUGGUGUCAUACAUACAUAGAGAGUUUCAUACAUA